AUGAGCGAACGCCCCUCGGGAAUGGGUAGGAAUCCAACGGCACCUUCAGUCAUGACAAAUGGCCAUUUUGCUACGAUCGGCCGCGCUGAUACCGCCGCCUACGAGCAUGGCGUCCAGGUCAUUGAUGAGGAUAAGGAGUUCAAUCCGAAUCUCUCCAAGUACCUGUCCCUCGAAGAUGUUACUCCCGCCGGCUUUAAUUACCACCUCAUCUCCGUGUUUGGAUCACAGUCGACUGGAAAGUCCACCUUACUGAACAGCCUCUUCGGCACCCAAUUUUCAGUCAUGGCCGAGCGAGAGCGAAGACAAACGACCAAGGGUAUUUGGCUUUCAAAAAAUAAGAAGCAGGGCGACAAGUCCGCGCCCGAAGGACAGCACAUGGCGGACAACAUCUUGGUUAUGGACGUCGAAGGUACGGAUGGUCGCGAAAGAGGCGAGGAUCAAGAUUUCGAGCGCAAGAGCGCUCUCUUUGCGCUUGCGACUAGUGAAGUGCUCAUUGUCAACAUCUGGGAGCACCAGGUUGGUUUGUACCAGGGUGCCAACAUGGGACUGCUGAAGACCGUGUUUGAGGUUAACCUGCAGCUAUUUAUCAAAGAUAAGAACACUACUCACCGCUCCCUGCUAUUCUUUGUUAUCCGUGACUUUAUCGGCUCCACCCCGCUCAUUAAUCUCCAGCAGACACUGUUGGAAGAUCUAUCCCGCUUGUGGUCAACAAUCUCGAAGCCUGCUGGGCUCGAGAAAUCGACUAUCCAUGAUUACUUCGAUUUCCAGUUCUAUGGCCUUCCGCACAAGGGUUACCAACCAGAUCAAUUCGUGACAGAGUGCAAGAAGCUUGGUUUCCGAUUCCGCGAAGGACAUCGGGAUCCCAAGAGAGAUGCGCUCAAGGGCGAGUUCUCUGAGGGAGGCGUCUUCCUGCCUGAAUACCAUCGCCGCAUCCCGGCUGAUGGUUUCUCGCACUACGCAGAAGGUAUCUGGGACCAAAUCGUCAACAACAAAGACCUGGAUCUGCCUACUCAACAGGAACUGCUUGCGCAAUUCCGCUGUGACGAGAUUUUGCGCGAAGUGAUGAUUGGAUUUGACGGGGCAAUUACUGCAUUUGAGGACAAGCAAGCUGAGGCUGUGCGCUUGGGCGCUCCCGCGGUACUCGGUGGCCUGGGUGCUAUCAUGCGCUCAGCUCGCUCGAAGACUCUCAAGGGCUUUGAGACCGAAGCUAGUCGCUACCACAAGGGCGUGUACGAGCGCAAGAAGGCUGAGCUGGAGGGUAAGAUUGAUACUCGUCUGAAGGCACUUUUCCACGGCCAGCUAUCGGCUGCGCACAAGACUGGUAUCAGUGAUUUCAGUGACGCUGUCACUGAGUCGGUCAAGUCUGGCCAAAAGAAGGGUGGGAGCUACGAUUUUGCUGAAAUUGUCAAUCGCGAGACCAAAUCCUCUUUGGAGAAGUUUGAGGAGGUCGCCCGCUCAACCGUAGUUGAAGGCACCCCUUGGAGUAAUUACAAGCAGCUCCUUAGCCUGUACCAAAAAGAACUGUCGGAAGUCAGCGGCCGUUUGCGUCGGGAUGAGAUGAGACGUUUGGCCACCCGCGUCGAGCGUUGGGUUCAAUCUCGCCUAGGUGAAAGCGUGGGACUCGAGUUUAACAACCUAGGUUCUGGUCAUGCCGGUGCUAGUACUUCGGAGAAUGGUGAAAAGCACAACGAGAAAGCAUUCUGGGACCAAAUCUGGAAUGUAUUUGUGGAGACAGUCCUUGAUGCCGAGCGAAGAUUCACAGAGCGCGCCGGCAGCUUUGACGCCAGCCUGGAAGAGGUUGAUGUAGGUUUGUGGCGCCUGCGACGCAAGUCUUGGGGUGUUCUGCGCUCCAAGAUUGACGAGGAGAUGACCGAGGGCAACUUGCUCUUGAAGCUGCGUGAGAACUUUGAAGAUAAGUUCCGCUACGACGAUGAUGGCGUGCCACGUAUCUGGCGCCCAACCGAUGACAUCGAAGGCAUUUAUACACGUGCCCGAGAGUCUACCCUCACUCUGAUUCCCCUUCUUUCUCGCUUCCGUCUUUCAGAGACCUCUGCCCCACCUCCACUGGACCGAUGGAUCGGCCACACCCCCAGCUCCGCAACAGCUGCGGACGAGGAGGACCUAGUCCCAAUUGGUGGUGUUGACGAGGACGAGGGCAAGAGUUUGGAAGAAGAGAUGACCAUUCUCAGCGACUCAAAGCGCCAGGAACUCACUGUACGAUUCAAGAAGUCCGCAGACGGAGUUUAUGUCGAGGCCAAGCGCAGUGCUAUUGGUGGUAUGACCCAAGUGCCCUUGUACUUCUACGGUUUGCUUCUCGCAUUGGGCUGGAACGAAAUUAUUGCCGUUCUCCGCAACCCGGCAUACUUCUUCUUGCUUUUCCUCUGUGCUAUUGGAGGCUACAUCACCUGGCAGCUUAACCUAUGGGGUCCCAUCUUGAAGAUGAGCGAGGCUGCAUCGCAACAGGCACUUGUGGAGGGAAAACGCCGACUGCGCGAUUUCCUCGAGUCGUCUGAUACUGGUCGACAGGCCAUGGCCAUGUCAGCUGGAAAUGGUUCGGGCUCGAGCAACCGAGAGGAGUAUGAGAUGUCAGACCUAUCGAAGCGUGCAGACGCUAACGAUGAUCUGGAUGAUCUUUAA